AGGCGAGAGGCGCGCAGCUGGACCGGGAGCCUCGGGCAACCGGACCGGUUGGCACUGGGACGAUAUUAACGCGCGGCCGCCGGCCACCAUGCUCCAGCGGUGCGGCCGGCGCCUGCUGCUGGCGCUGGUGGGCGCGUUGCUGGCUUGUCUCCUGGUGCUCACGGCCGACCCGCCACCGACUCCGGUGCCCGCUGAGCGCGGACGGCGAGCGCUGCGUAGCCUGGCAGGCUCCUCCGGGGCGGCUCCGGCUCCAGGGUCCAGGGCGGCCGUGGAUCCCGGAGUCCUCGCCCGCGAGGUGCAUAGCCUCUCUGAGUACUUCAGUCUACUCACCCGCGCGCGCAAAGACGCGGAUCCACCGGCCGGGGUCGCUUCUCGCCAGGGCGACAGCCACCCGCGUCCCCCCGCCGAGGUUCUGUCUCCCCACGACGUCUUCAUCGCAGUCAAGACUACGAGAAAGUUUCACCGCGCGCGGCUCGACCUGCUGUUCGAGACCUGGAUCUCGCGCCACAAGGAGAUGACGUUCAUCUUCACAGAUGGGGAGGAUGAAGCUUUGGCCAAGCUCACAGGCAAUGUGGUACUCACCAACUGCUCCGCGGCCCACAGCCGCCAGGCUCUGUCCUGCAAGAUGGCUGUGGAGUAUGACCGUUUCAUUGAGUCGGGGAAGAAGUGGUUCUGCCACGUGGAUGAUGACAACUACGUCAACCUCCGGGCGCUGCUGCGGCUGCUGGCCAGCUAUCCCCACACCCAAGACGUGUACAUCGGCAAGCCCAGCCUGGACAGGCCCAUCCAGGCCACAGAACGGAUCAGCGAGCACAAAGUGAGACCGGUCCACUUUUGGUUUGCCACCGGAGGAGCUGGCUUCUGCAUCAGCCGAGGACUGGCCCUAAAGAUGGGUCCAUGGGCCAGUGGGGGACACUUCAUGAGCACAGCAGAGCGCAUCCGGCUCCCAGAUGAUUGCACCAUUGGCUACAUUGUAGAGGCUCUGCUGGGUGUGCCCCUCAUCCGGAGCGGCCUCUUCCACUCCCACCUGGAGAAUCUGCAGCAGGUACCCACCACCGAGCUUCAUGAGCAGGUGACCCUGAGCUAUGGCAUGUUUGAGAACAAACGGAACGCAGUGCAUAUCAAGGGACCGUUCUCCGUGGAGGCUGACCCGUCCAGGUUCCGCUCUAUCCACUGCCACCUGUACCCGGACACACCCUGGUGUCCCCGCACCGCCAUCUUCUAGCAGUCGUGGUUGAGACCCUGUCCCUGGGCGCCCCUGGUAUCCAAAGGGCCCAGGGACCCCCUUGUUGUAUGUCCUGGCCUUGGUGUCUGAGGCUCUUCAGGGCUAUGUGUAUGUGUGUGUAUGUCUAUAUUUGUGUGUUUGUGUGGCGUGCCCACCCGUGUUGCAGACUGCUGGGCAGUCGUGUUCUUCAGGGAGUGGCAGGUCUGUCCCUAACUACUCUACACUCUGAGAGCCACUCCGAGGGCAGGUCUGUGGGUUCUGUGUUUGGAUCUCUGCAGUGGGGUGGGUGAGAAGCCUCGGGGCUCCCCUCGGGGGGUCCAUGGGUGCCGACCUGUAGCACAGUCUCUUAUGUUGGGGUGCUACCCUACCUGGAACCUUCCCUGACAGCUGAGCUGUGCCCAGUCCUAGGGAAGCUGGUUUGGAUCGUAAAGACCUGGGCCCCUCGUGAGCUCUGGCCCGGGCGCUGCCUGUGGCCAUUUUGGUGACCAGUGCUCUCCUCCCUGCCCUCCAGGGUGGAGGUGAAGCCUUUGGCCCGCCCUCUGAUGUCCUAUCUUUGUCUCCCACACCAGUGGGAUUCAGAGCUAUGAAUUUUAUCUCCUCUCCAAAGUAGAGAGAAAGUCGCCCAUAGUGGGUGUGCCUGUACAUAUUGUGACAGUAUUUUUUUACUGUGCUGUUUCUUGAAAGGGGAGGGGUGGGCGUGAAAGGAGGGGGGGCGGUUGUUUUCUGGGGUGGGCUGGAGAGGGUCUUAUUUUAUCUUUUCUGUGGAUCAGAAAAAAGUGGAAGCCAGACAGGCUUGGUCUCUGGAAAGCUGAACAAUGAGUGCCUUAGUUACUGUAUUUAUGCCUUCCAGUAUCUGGAAUCCUGCUUCCCCACUCCCCCGCCCCCAUCCUCCCCAGUACCCCAAGGCUCACCUCUCUCCACCCCCGCCCCCACCCCACUCCACCCCCUACCCCAUGGGCUGUAUGCUGUGUUCUUUUUGCAAAGACCUUAGCUAGGCAAGCUAACGAUGAUAAGGGAAAAGCUCUCAGGGAAUCGAUGUGUUGUUGCCAUGGUGACGUCCUUCCUCUGAAUAAAGGUGCUCUUUGCAGCAACCCAA